CGAAGAAGACGACGACGACGAAGAAGAAGACGGAGAAGGAGAAGGAGAAGGAGAAGGAGCAGUUAGCGCGCGCGCACGCUCGUCUCGUUGCUUGUAUUUCGCGAUCUCUCUGCAAUUCGCUCGUUCAUCGAUAGAGAGGGAGAGAAAUGGGCGAUGUAUCCGAUAAGGUGGCGUAUUUCCAAGCGAUCACGGGCCUCGACGACGCCGAUUUGUGCACCGAGAUCCUCCAGGCCCACGGCUGGGACCUCGAGCUCGCGAUCGCCUCCUUCACCGGCUCCAACCCCCCCGACGAUCCCCCCUCCGCGUCCUCCGCCGCCGCCGCCUCCGCGGGCGGCGCGGGCUCCGGGAAUCGGCGGCUGGAGGUCGGGCCGCCGUCCGCCCCCGCCCCCGCCCCCGGGGGGCCCAGCCUGACGUGGAGGCUGAUCACGUUGCCGGUCUCGGUGAUUUCUGGCGGCCUAGGGUUAGUUUCCGGCGCGAUUGGGCUCGGGAUGUGGAUAGCCGGCGGCGUCCUGUCUUAUUCCCUCGGGAUGGUGGGGUUGGGUUCCGGCUCGGGACGGGGCGGCGGGGAGGCCUCGGCGAGGUUGGUCUCGGUGUCGGCCGCGGCGGCCGAGGCUAUGGAAUUCGUGGCUUCUUUCGAGAGGGAGUAUGGCGCGGCGGCAGCGGCGAGGCCGAAUUUCGUGUCCGAGGGUUUUAUGGAUGCCCUGCAGCGGUCGCGGAACGAAUACAAGUUAUUGUUCGUGUACUUGCACUCGCCGGAUCAUCCGGACACACCGCAUUUCUGUGAGCAGACUUUGUGCAGUGAGGCGUUGGCGGCUUUCGUGAAUGAGAAUUUCGUUGCGUGGGGUGGGAGCAUAAGGGCCAGCGAAGGGUUUAAGAUGAGUAAUAGUUUGAAAGCAUCACGGUUCCCCUUUUGCGCUGUGGUUAUGGCUGCCACUAAUCAGAGGAUUGCUUUGCUUCAACAGGUUGAGGGCCCAAAGUCACCUGAAGAAAUGCUUAUGAUACUUCAGAGAGUGCUGGAAGAAAGUGGCCCUGUUCUUGUUUCAGCCAGACUUGAAGCAGAAGAAAGAAGGACUAACAUGCGGUUGAGGGAGGAGCAAGAUGCCGCUUACAGAGCAGCUCUUGAAGCAGAUCAGGCUAGGGAACGGCAGAGGAGAGAGGAGCAAGAGCGUUUGGAGAGAGAAGCUGCUGAAGCUGAAAGGAAGCGCAAAGAGGAAGAAGAGGCUCGUGAAAGAGCAGAGCACGAAGCCGCUGAAAAAGCAGCCGCGCUAGCUAAACUUCGGGAGGAGAAGUCCUUGUCUCUUGGGGCGGAACCUGAAAAGGGACCAAAUGUAACUCAGGUGUUGGUGCGAUUCCCUACUGGAGAACGCAAAGAGCGGAGAUUUCACAGUGACGCCACAAUACAGUCACUGUACGAUUAUGUCGAUUCUUUGGAUUGCUUGGAAAUGGGGAAUUACACCUUGGUCUCCAACUUCCCUCGCGUGUCCUAUGGUUCGGACAAGCACUCAUUGUCAUUGAAGGAAGCAGGAUUGCAUCCUCAAGCCAGCCUUUUCGUGGAGCUAAACUCGUGAGGAGAACCUGAUAUCAUACUUUGUGAUUAGUGACAGUCCCAAAAGGAAAUUGCAGCAGUAGAAAAUGUUAUAUCCCCAUGCUUUCCUUUUCCAAGUUGAUAGAUCUCACAUAGAUCUUUCUUUUUUCUUUUUCAUGUGCUCCUUGUUCUUCUUUUUCGGUCCACAUCGUGUACUCCUGUUUCUCGAUAAAUUUCUGGUUCGAUCCAUCAGCUGGCGUCAACUGAAAUAAUGUUUGGUCUUGCUCCUUAAUUUGCUCUGGGGAUUGCUGGUUAGAGCUUCUAUUAUUAUUAUAUAGCAGGCAAAGAAUUAUCAUUA